CUUUCCGUCUCUGCUCGCCUCUCUCCUCUUCAGUCUUGCCUGCCUGUCAGAAAGGUGCUCCAGUGUCGGAGGCUAGGCUACCCUCCUCUCGGACCCCGUACGAGAGCCAAGCCGCCGUCGUACCCCAAGGCUCGGGCUCCCCCCCUCUGCUCACGGCUCCGACCAUGGCAACCACCGCUACUUCCACCCGGUUCACUGACGAGUACCAGCUGUACGAGGAGCUCGGGAAGGGAGCUUUUUCAGUGGUGCGUAGGUGUGUAAAGAAGUCAUCAGGACAGGAAUAUGCUGCAAAAAUCAUCAACACUAAGAAGCUGUCUGCAAGAGACCAUCAGAAGCUCGAGAGAGAGGCUCGUAUUUGCCGUCUCCUGAAACACCCCAACAUCGUGAGGCUGCAUGACAGCAUUUCAGAGGAAGGCUUUCAUUACCUAGUCUUUGACCUGGUGACAGGAGGAGAGCUUUUUGAAGACAUCGUAGCCAGGGAGUACUACAGCGAGGCCGAUGCCAGCCAUUGCAUUAGUCAGAUCUUGGAGAGUGUCAAUCAUAUCCACCAGCACGAUAUUGUGCACAGAGACCUCAAGCCUGAGAACCUGUUGUUGGCCAGUAAGAUGAAGGGAGCUGCAGUGAAGCUGGCAGACUUUGGCCUUGCUAUUGAAGUGCAGGGAGACCAGCAGGCUUGGUUUGGGUUUGCGGGCACUCCUGGCUAUCUCUCCCCUGAGGUCCUGAGGAAGGACCCCUACGGCAAGCCUGUGGACAUAUGGGCUUGUGGUGUUAUUCUCUAUAUCUUGUUAGUGGGAUAUCCUCCGUUCUGGGAUGAAGAUCAACACAAACUCUAUCAGCAGAUCAAAGCUGGGGCAUACGAUUUCCCAUCCCCAGAGUGGGACACGGUGACUCCAGAGGCAAAGAACCUGAUCAACCAGAUGCUGACUAUUAACCCAGCCAAGAGAAUCACUGCCGAACAGGCCCUCAAACACCCAUGGGUCUGCCACCGCUCUACAGUGGCUUCCAUGAUGCACAGACAGGAAACUGUCGAAUGCCUCCGCAAGUUCAACGCUCGCCGAAAACUCAAGGGAGCCAUUCUCACCACCAUGCUGGUGUCCAGAAACUUCUCAGUGGGCCGGCAGCAUACCAACUCUGCUGCUGCCGCCUCCUCCACGGCCUCACUGGCUCAGGAAGCAUGCAAAAGUUUACUCAACAAGAAGUCAGAUUCUGCUAAGCCUUCUACCAACAACAGUAAGAACAGUAUAGUGAGCGCCAUCAAUGCCCUGAAAGACACCAACAUGGCGACCAACGCCCAGAUGGAAUCUCAGAGCACGGUGGUGCACAACCCUCCCGACGGCGUCAAGGGAUCCACGGAGAGCAACGCCACCAACGACGAGGAAGAAAUGAAAGGUAGGAAAGCGGACAGUUCGGCGCUGAGUCAGAGCAGCGCCACCGAGGAGAUGCCCCCACUUCUGCCCUCACCUCAAAGCUCACCUGCCAUUCCACCGCAUGACGUAAAGCGCAUGGCAUGGAACAGCACGGGCAACAGCUCCUGCCCCGACUCUGAGCUCUCACAGUCCUCCAUGCCUGCAGCUCCACUAGGGAGCAACACUGCUAAAAGCAACACUAAGCAGACUCGUAAACAGGAGAUCAUCAAGAUAACGGAGCAGCUGAUCGAAGCCAUCAACAACGGAGAUUUCGAUGCUUACACGAGGAUUUGUGAUCCUGGACUCACCUCUUUUGAACCCGAGGCUCUGGGAAACCUGGUGGAGGGGAUGGACUUCCACAAGUUCUACUUUGAAAACUUGCUGAGCAAGAACAGCAAGCCCGUGCACACCACCCUGCUCAACCCGCACGUGCACCUGAUCGGCGAGGACGCCGCCUGCAUCGCCUACAUCCGGCUCACACAGUUUGUGGACUCCACGGGCCGCCCUCGCUCCAGCCAGUCGGAGGAGACCAGGGUGUGGCAUCGUCGCGAUGGCAAGUGGCUCAACGUUCACUUCCACUGCUCAGGAGCGCCUGCUGCACCACUACAGUGAUCAGUGGUCCUGAGCCUCCAGUCUACUGGAGUGUGUGUUUUGGGGGGCAGUUUUUUUCAGCGAGCGUGUUUAAGAGGUCCGUCCUCUGCGUGGAUUGGCUAGUGCCAGGAGCCCGGCCGGGCGAGAUCGCAUCCCUCUCCACGAUACCAACCAAUCCUGUCCCUCCUUUGACCUGCUGGGGGCCGGCUGAACACAAGACUCCGCCCCCAUGGGAUGAUGCAUGCAUCUGGCGCCUGAUUGGAGGGCGCGUCUUUGCCCUCUAUCCCUCCCUCUGGCAGCCAUCUUUUUUCUGCCCGCGCGAGAUGAGACGUCCUGGGGGAGGAGAGGAUUUACAGUUGAACUUGUGACAGUUUAUGAGUAUGAGUUAUGAAUAUACUGUGUAAAUUAUGACUAGAUGUACCAGAAACCACCAAAACCCAACCAAGCAUUUAUAUUCACUAUCUAAUAAGGGAGGAGCGAGAGAGGAGCGUGAAGUUUAGCAGCUGAGAUUUUGGACACAUUUAGGGAUUACUGGGUAGGAAGCGUUGCUGCCCGGACGUUGUUUAAGAUGUAGGGAGGUUUUCCCCCCAAACCGAAUUAAAGAGGGAAAAACAAAUCAAGUUGGCUCGGUCCGAGAACUUGGCGGCGAGAGAAACUUGAUAUCAAAAAAACAUGAAGCACCAAAGUGUAGAACUUUAGGCUUUUUACGUGUUUAUGUGUUUUCGUUUGUGUGCUUGUUUUUUCCGACACAACGGAAAUCGUGCUGUCGUGGGUUUGGGGACGGGGGCGGGAGGGCGUCUGAUUUGUUGUGUUUUUAGCGUCCUUGUUCCUUUUUUUUUUGUUUUGCGUUCCUGUGAACAACCGGAGCCUUUUUGUUUUUUAUUUUAUUAUGAUUUUUGUCGUCGUCGUCGUCGUCGGUCUGACUGAUUCUGUAUUCGAGGCUCCGUUUUAAAGCAGCUGAGUUUUUAAAAAAGAGGGAUUUUAUUGUGCAAAUUUCAAGCUGAAACCCGUGCGUGUUAACACGUUCUGUUGUGUCUAUAUGCAGUUGGAGGGAGAGAGUGGGCCGGGAGGGGGGUGAAAAGAAAAAAAUAAAUAAAAAUGGCGUCUGCGUUUUGCAUGUUUUGCCCGCCGCCUCUCCCUCGUUCAUCCCUUCCCGCCCUCUCUCCCCGUUUUCUCUCUUCUCUUCAAACCAUCCUUUAACCUUCCCUCCCACUCUCUGAUUUCUGCAAGGGCCUGGUUUGUUUAUAAUCACUGUGUAAAUACAGUGUAUGUAUAGAUAUAUGUAGAAAAGUGUAAUAUAUGUACAUGUAUCUAAGAGACACUCAUCCUGUGCAUUCGGACACGGGAACCACCCCGUGACCUCUGUGACCCCGCCCUUAGUCUAGGAGCAACAUUUUUCCUCAGUACUUCUCCACCUUUUAGAAAUACUUCCGGUAGCUCUUGAUCGUUCAUGAAUUUGCACGCUCGCUGCCAGCUCCAGUCCCAUGGCCGUACGACUGUUUGUGGAGAUGGGGAGCGGAAAAAAAAAAAAAAAACGAAGGUUGACGGUAGUUUGACCCCCCCCGAAACUUUUCAAACACCUCCAUGAUAGUGUCCUUAACGCCUGAUCCCACGAUGCUGUGAGCCGUCUUCUUCAUAUCAUACGCACCCCCGCGCACGCCCCGUGGUGCGUUUUAGGCUUUGUAACAUAUCCGCACCGCUGCCGUGUGACCUCAACGCCGCCCUUUUUUCGCUGUGCUGCUUAAUUGUCUCGCCAUCCAUCCGCGACAGUCGUAUCUUUAAAAGAAAAAAAAAGUCCAAAAAAAAAAAACAACCCUCUCCCUGAUAUCUCCCCCCCUCCAGUCCCUGCUCUUGAGAUGUUGAUUUGUACCUCUCUCUCUGUUGUUUCUCUGUUUCCCGUGUUACUGGUUUUUUGAGUUUUGUUGUUGCUGUUUUUUAAAACUUUUUCGUCGUUUGGUAAUUUGCCGAUCUGCCAAGCUGGAGUUCUGCACUCUCCCUCGCACACACAGGAACAAUUUUUACACAAGAAAAAAAAAAAAAAGGGAAAAGAGGGAGGAGGAGGAGGAUACAGAAAUUAAAAGAUAUUGAUCAGGACUAAAUUAUUUAUUAACGUUAUCUACCCUUGGUGGUUUUAAAAUCGUGCCUGCUCAGUUGAGAGGAAAGCCAGAGAAGAGUUGGCGUCGCGGGUUCUAGCGACCCGCGGCGCCGCGAGCCGGAGCGGGAGACCUAGUUAUAUGCAUGUUUCAGUUACGCAUUUCUACCAUGUACCUACCUGAAUAAGGAUGGAGCUAGUGUUAAUAUAUGAUAUUUGCAUCUUUUGACAUAUGAAUUUUUCCUCCAUCCAGAAUGUUGAAUAGGUGACAUGAAAAAUAUUUUAAAAAAUGCAAAAUUUAAAAAAAUACAAAAUAAAAUAAAAAAAAAUACAGGAAAAAAAAAACAAACAGACAAAAAAAAAAAAGGAUUCAGGAGCCGUAGCUUGGUAUGAGGCCCUCAAUGUUAGCGUUUUCCCUGCGUUGUAAUGAUAUACUAUUGGGCUGCGCUUUCUCCCCCAGCCUUCACGUGGAUGCUGGAGUUUUUUUGCAUGAUCAUGAUGUACAAUGAAAUACAACCAUGAAUUGACGACUAUCAAGUGUUUGUCUGAGUGUUAGUUGGUCUUCAUCAUAGCUUUGUUAUUCUUCGAACUUGGAUCUUGAAAGUAUUUAAUAAAAAUACUAUUUCAGCACUG